GCAGCUGGGAAUGGGAAGCGCAGUGGAGACUCUCUGCGGACAGGCGUACGGAGCGCAGAAGUACGAGAUGCUUGGCGUGUACCUGCAGCGCUCGACGGUACUGCUGAUGGCCACCGGCGUCCCACUGGCGGUGAUCUACGCCUUCUCUCGUCCCUUGCUGGUGCUGAUAGGGCAGUCCCCGGAGAUCGCCAAGGCCACAUCCGUCUACGUCUACGGCCUCAUCCCUCAGAUCUUCGCCUACGCCGCGAACUUCCCCAUCCAAAAGUUCCUGCAGGCGCAGAGCAUCGUGGCGCCGAACGCCUAUAUCUCGGCGGCGACGCUGGUGGUGCACCUGGCGGCGAGCUGGCUGGUGGUCUACAAGCUGGGGAUGGGCCUGCUGGGUGCCUCCCUCGUCCUCAGCCUUUCCUGGUGGAUCAUCGUGGUGGCGCAGUUCGUUUACAUCGCCACCAGCCGCCGGUGCAAGGCCACCUGGACCGGGUUUACCUGGCAAGCCUUCGCCGGGAUGCCGGAGUUCUUUCGGCUCUCGUCCGCCUCCGCUGUGAUGCUCUGCCUGGAGACCUGGUACUUCCAGAUCCUGGUGCUCAUCGCCGGCCUCCUCGAGAACCCUGAGCUCGCUCUUGAUUCCCUCUCCAUUUGCGUGACAAUUAGCGGCUGGGCGUUCAUGAUUUCCAUUGGAUUCAACGCCGCGGCCAGUGUGCGGGUGAGCAACGAGCUGGGCGCCGGGAAUCCCAAAUCGGCAGCGUUCUCAGUGGCGGUGGUGACGGCCAUGUCGUUCAUCUUGUCGGUGAUAGUGGCAAUCAUCAUCCUCGCCCUCCGCGACUACGUCGGCUACGCCUUCACCGAGGGAGAGAUGGUGGGGCGCGCUGUCUCCGACCUCUGUCCCUGGCUCGCCGUCACCAUCAUCCUCAACGGAAUCCAACCCGUUUUAUCUGGCGUCGCCGUUGGAUGCGGAUGGCAAUCUUUUGUGGCCUACGUCAACGUCGGCUGCUACUACAUAGUUGGUAUUCCACUUGGUUCUUUCCUCGGCUUCAAACUUGGUCUAGGAGUCAAGGGGAUUUGGGGAGGUAUGAUGAGUGGUACCUUCAUUCAAACACUCAUCCUGCUCGGGGUCACCUGCCGAACCGAUUGGAACAAAGAGGUGGAAGAGGCUAAGAAGAGAUUGAACAAGUGGGAGGACAAGGAGGCCCUUAGGUCCUAGAAUGAAUGAAUUACCAUUCUCAUGAUUUGAAAUUUUAGCUGGGAGAGUGCAAUAAACUAUAUAUCGGACGCCCUACCAAUGAGUUGAUGGAGUAGAUGGCCUUUUUAUUACAUCAGGCCUAACUCAGAAUGCCAUGAAAUUGAAACCCAUGUUCGUGUGUUUCGUUUAAUU